ACAGCUACCCCGCAUAGCUCUUACUGCGUACUGUUCCCUUCUGUCGCCUGGUCUUCACGUGGGAUCUAUUGCUUUGUGUCUUGCGAGUUUCUCAACCACCCGCGCCUGCAGAGCCCGGGGUUCUGGUCUGUCAACCUAAAACUAGGACUUCCGGCACUGAAAAUUGACCUGGAGGCGCUAGACUUUUGGUUGAAAAUGGAGCAGCUUGAAGGCUACUAUUUCUCGGCAGCCCUAAGCUGUACUUUCCUGGUCUCUUGCUUCCUGUUCUCCCUCAUAAACCGGGCGCUGCGGGAGCCCUACAUGGACGAGAUUUUUCAUUUGCCACAGGCCCAGCGCUUCUGUUGGGGUUCCUUCCAGUGGGAUCCCAUGAUCACUACACUACCUGGUUUAUACCUGGUAUCUGUUGGAAUUGUAAAACCUGCCACUUGGAUCAUUGGAUGGUCUCAACAUGUAGUCUGCUCCAUAGGAAUGCUCAGAUUUGUUAAUCUACUCUUCAGCGUUGGCAAUUUCUAUUUACUCUAUUUACUUUUUUGCAAGUUACAACAGAAGAACAAGGCUAUCUCAAGUAUCCAGAGAAUUUUGUCAGCUUUAACGAUGGCAGUUUUUCCUACACUCUAUUUUUUUAACUUCCUUUACUAUACAGAAACAGGAUCCAUGUUUUUUGUUCUUUUUGCAUAUUUGAUGUGCCUUUAUGGUCAUCAUAAAACUUCAGCCCUCCUUGGAUUUUGUGGCUUCAUGUUUCGCCAGACAAAUAUUGUCUGGACUGUGUUCUGUGCAGGAAAUAUUAUUUCACAAAAGUUAAUGGAGGCUUGGAAGAUUGAGCUACAAAAAAAGGAAGAGAAACUUCCAUCCAUCAAAGGACCACUUUCAGCAUGUAAGAAGAUACUGUACUUUCUUUUCGAUUAUGCCAUGUCCUUUAGGAACUUGAGUAUACUUAUUGUUUUAACAUGGCCCUACAUACUUUUAAUAAUUGUAUUUAUUGCCUUUGUAGUUUUAAAUGGUGGAAUAGUUGUUGGUGAUAAGAGUAACCAUGAAGCCUGUAUGAAUUUUCCUCAGCUAUUCUACUUUUUUACUUUUACUCUCUUUUUUUCCUUCCCUCACCUUUUAUCCCCUGCAAAAAUUAAAACUUUUCUUCACUCAGUGUGGAGACACUGGGGGCAAUUUCUUGUACUUACAAUUGUCUCCUUAUUUUUAGUCUGGAAAUUCACUUAUGUUCAUAAGUAUUUGCUAGCAGACAACAGGCACUAUACAUUCUAUGUAUGGAAAAGAAUCUUCCAGAGACAUGACUCUGUAAAAUACUUGCUUGUUCCAUGCUAUUUGUUUUCUGGUUGGAGUAUUGCUGAUUCACUGAAAUCCAAAUCCAUUUUCUGGAACAUAAUGUUUUUCAUAUGCUUGUUUAUGGUCACGGUUCCUCAAAAACUUUUUGAGUUUCGUUACUUCAUAUUGCCUUAUAUAAUUUAUAGGCUUAACCUUCCUAUGCCACCUCUGCCCAAGCUACUUUGUGAAUUGGGUUUUUAUAUGAUUAUUAAUUUUGUAACAUUUUAUCUCUUCCUGAACAAGACAUUUCAAUGGCCAAAUAAUGAUAGUAUUCAAAGGUUUAUGUGGUGACCAAAUGAAUAUCUUGCUUCAUAUAAGCAAAUUUAUAUUUGGAACUUUUCCACAGUGAAGAUGGGACUUUAUUUAAUAGCAAGCCAGUUGGUGUUUAUGUGGUUAGACACAAUUGUGAAAUACAAUUUGCUCCACAUGAUGAAAUAUCGAAUUAACCUAAGUGUUUAAAGCCCUUUUAUUUACAUUAAUUAAUCAAGGAUGUCCACAAAUUAUGAAAAAAAAUGGAAAAUAAAAAAAUGUUUACAUUUACUUUGACAUAUCUUUAAAAUUUUUUCUAACUAUUAAAAAACACUAUAUACACUAAAGAAGGAUGAUUAUGCCUUAGUGGUACUAAAAGUUAUUUUAUUUUUGCAUCCACUAAAAAUAGCAAAAGAAAAGAAACUUCAGAUAUUUGCACCUGAUUAGAUUGUGGGUGGCUUCAAAGACUUCAAAUAUUUCAGCAUUGGAGAGGUUUAGGAAUCAGAUUAUAAUUAGCGUUUAAUAUAUAUGUGUAUAGUGUAGACCUUUCACAUAUUCUCAUUUUGAAAAUGUCAUGACUAAAGCUAAAUUGCACUGAUACUUAUUAAAAAGAGAAAUGGGGUCAUCGAGAUAUAUUACCAAAGAAGUCUUAGAAUCAAUCUCUUUAUAAGAGUUUUAAAAAUACAAAAGUUUCCUUUCUUGAAUCAUUUAAUUGCCACUGUCUUAGGUAAAGAAAGAUGUAGACAAGAUGACUUUUUGAGGUCCUUUUGAUCUGGUAAUUAUAUACUACAGUGGGAACUUAUAAAGCCCAGUUUUAACUAGUAGUUAAUUUAGUUUCUUGUGGGGGUUUUUUUUGACACAUUGUGUAAAUCCUUUUGCAUUAUUCUUUUAAACCAUUUUCACAUUUUCCAAACUGAUUUGAGGAUUUUGUUGCAUGGAGAAAUAGCUGUAUUUUUAUAUAAUUUGUAUUAUCUUUCUGUGAGAGAUUCUUUUUACUUCCCUUUUUAUUUAAUCACUGGGUUUGGAAAGGUAUUUUGCAUAUGUUACUGCAAAUUAUUAUUAUUAUUAUUAUUAUUAAAUAAA